GAUAAGAAAUAUUUUGAGGUUAUACGUUGAUUUUGGAUUUGGUUGACUUGCCAAAUGCCAAACGAAAUAAAAAAUUUGUGCUACGACCUGCUGGCUUCGAAAAUCAUUGAAAAUUCUGUCACAUGCAACAUCUUUAGAAAUAAUUUAGCAGAAUAAUAUUUACAUUCUUAAAUUUGCAUUUUUAUCGGAUGUCAAGCUAAUAAUGUGUUGAAGUGCUCAGUGCUCAGAAGUGUGUCCUAGCGUCAAUGAAGAUCUCACUAAUGUCACUCAUUCUUCAAUUUACCGCUUUCCAUUAAAUGCAGUCGCAGCAAGUGAAAUCUUCUUACUUUUUCCUAAUUUUAUUUAUCCUCCUGGUCCUAGCAACUCCAUUACAAAACGAGGAAGAACACAAUGAAGCGAAAGAAAAAAUAGAGAAAUAUAAAGAAAAAGUAGAUAGAGGCCCAAGUGCAAAGUAUGCCGACACAUGCUCUGAUUCGUCUAAUUUGGAUUGUUCCAAGCUGAGGGAUCCAUGCAUCAAAUGUACUUUCAAUGAAACAUGCAUAUAUGGAAGUGAUCUCAAUGUAUCCUGCGAGGCUCUAACUCGAUGUAAUGGACCCACAAAGUUUGAGCGAUCAAUGAAUUGCCGGUAUUGCUACCAAACACCUCAUUGGCAGCACAAAUGUGUCUUGAAAGGAGGCUGCGAUUCUGUGCGUUCACCACUACUUUACUACAGAACUAAUUGCACGGUAAAUAGCGACGUACUUUGCCUUGGAAAACGAACAUUUCUGAAGAAUAUUCGCUGCAAUUGGACAGGAGGGUAUCGAUGGUCAAAAGCUUUCUUACUCAGCAUUACCUUAGGUGGAUUUGGCGCAGAUAGGUUUUACCUUGGGCAUUGGCAAGAUGGAGUUGGAAAACUAUUCAGUUUUGGCGGUUUGGGUGUCUGGACUCUUAUUGAUGUGAUAUUAAUUUCUAUACAUUAUUUAGGUCCAGCCGAUGGAUCUCUUUAUGUUUAAGUUUUACUUGUAAUUGUACAGUUUUAUAGAAAUAAAGACAGGGUUUUUGUUACGAAGUUUA